UCUGGCGAUUCAUCAUUGACCUACAACUAAACUGAACAUAGCAUCCUGGGCUGUCACAAUUGUCAAACGCCUGGUCUUACCAUAUGCAGAUAAAAUAUCGUUGCGCGUGUUUAACAUAAGCAGGAAUUCAUAUUUUAAUAAACUGUCAGUGAGAGAUGGGUCGUUCCUGGCGAUUAUUUUCAAAAAUACAUUCAGCUGUGUUUGCUGUCUUGAACACACCCCAAUAAUGGCUGCACAGGAGCCGUCUCCACCAUCUUCCCUGGAAGGGAACAAACCGGGCUUCCCAAAGAAAAUUUUGGCCAACAACCUAGAAGACAAGCAUUUUUGCAAUGCGUGCCAGAAAGUUUUGAGGAGACCGUUACAAGCUCAGUGUGGUCACCGCUUUUGUUACUUCUGUUUCAACAAAAUUGUGAGUUCUGGACCACAGAAAUGCAGUGCUUGCAUUAAAGAAGACUUAUUUGAGGAACCCACCUCCAUUCUAAAGCAAGGAGGCGCUUUCCCUGACAAUGCAGCUCGGCGAGAAGUGGAGGCCUUGGCAGCUGUCUGUCCCAAUGAAGGAUGCACGUGGAUGGGAACCAUUAAAGAAUUUGAGGCCAACCAUGAGGGUAACUGUGACUUCAUGAUCAUCUUGUGUCCCUCCUGCAAAGAGCUGAUGAGAGCCAAUGAGCAGGAGCGCCACAACGAGAGAGAAUGUCCAGAGAGGACCCUCAACUGCAAAUACUGCAAAGAACCCUUCCUGUUAAAGAACAUCAAGGCUCAUGAUGAGAUCUGUCCAAAGUACCCGAUGAUUUGUGAAGGUUGUGCAAAGAAAAAGAUUCCUAGAGAGAAGUAUGUGGACCAUAUUAAAUUCUGCAGUAAAUUUAAAGCACCAUGCAGAUUUCAUGUUGUUGGCUGCAAUACAUCUGUGGAGAAAGAGAGGAUCCAUGACCAUGAGCGACAGUGUUCUUAUGAACACCUCAACUUGCUCCUGCAUUUCAUCAUGGGCAUCAAGGUGAGCCUGGAGAGCCUUCAGCCCCAGAGCCUGGAGGCAACCAGCCAUAAGCUGCAAGAACUCCACCAGUCCCUCAGGGACCUGGAGGUGAAGAUGAGCCAGUUGGGUGGGGGUGGUGCGGUUUCCAUGCAGGGUGCAUGUGCCCCGACUCUGACCACCUCCUUCACCCCACUGCCCAGCGCCAUGGGUGCUGCCCUGGAGCUGCAGCUCCAGAGUGAAAAAACAAAGGUGGCUGAGCUGAGCCAACGCUGCCAGGAGCUGGAGCUCAAAGUGAGCACAUUUGAGAAUAUUGUCUGCGUUCUCAACAGAGAGAUGGAGCGCUCCUGCACCACCAUGGAGGCUUAUAACCGCCAACACAGACUGGACCAGGACAAGAUUGAGAUCCUCAACAACAAGGUUCGUCAGCUUGAGAGGACGGUGAGUCUGAGGGACCUGUCUAUUGUGGAGAUGGAGGGUAAAAUCAGGGAGAUGUCUGCAGCCACAUAUGACGGCAUCUUUGUCUGGAAGAUCUCAGAUUUCACCAAGAAGAGGCAGGAUGCUGUGGCCGGCCGAGCCCCUGCGAUGUUCUCUCCUGCUUUUUAUACCAGUAAGUACGGCUACAAGAUGUGCCUGCGAAUCUAUCUGAAUGGUGACGGGACAGGCCGCGGCACCCACCUGUCUCUGUUCUUUGUGGUGAUGAGAGGACACAGUGACGCACUCCUCAAAUGGCCUUUUAAUCAGAAGGUCACCCUAAUGCUGCUCGACCAGAACAACAGGGAGCACAUCAUUGAUGCCUUCAGGCCCGACAUCUCCUCCUCGUCCUUCCAGAGGCCUGUCAGUGAUAUGAACAUCGCCAGUGGUUGCCCACUCUUCUGUCCACUCUCCAAGCUGGACUCUAAGAACUCCUACAUACGAGAUGACACCAUCUUCAUCAAGGCCAUUGUAGACCUCACUGGGCUCUAGUUCCUUUGGUUUUGAUACGGAUUGUUGGUACCAGCAUGCAAGACCAGAACAGGAAGGUAACCAAUUUUUUGGCCACUGGCCACAGUGGCUGGUGGUCUUUAUAAAUCUUCAUAAACCACUGUAACUAGUUUACCUAUCAAACCUAGUUUUUAUUGGACAAAAAACUGAGUAUCUACCAAAGUGACUGGGAUAGUGAUCAUAGUAUAUAUGUUAGUAUUUGGCUGGUCACAGGUGUUAAUUUCCCACCCUGCAAAUGGUAUUUGAACUGAUAGAUGCAUUCUAAGACUUGUCUAGAAAAUAAUGCUUGUGAAGUAGACAACUGAGGGCCUGUGUCCACACAGCGUUUUUUCUUUUUCUUUUUUUUUCUCAGUGCCAAGGUCUUUUUUAAAUUGUUCCCAAUGAGGAGAGGGUGUAAGUGGCUGCAUGCUGGCGCCUAGAGAAAAAGUGUUGUGCUCAGCAUCUUUUUCAGAGCGCUUUGCUUUUUUUGUGCGGCUGCUCCAGUUGCCUCUAGAUAAAAAUCUCUUAACUUUACAGAAAUGCAUGGGUGAUGUCACUGCUGCACUUGUAGCUAGGCUACUGUCACAGCAAAGACAGAAAAGCCCAUUUGUGGGAGCAGAUCGAGAAGUUGACACUGAAUGUUGCUGGUGAGUGUUGUGCAUUUAUCACGUACCUUUGUAAGCUUGUUUUUAACUGUGUAAUCAACCCCCUGUUAAUGUAGUGUUGCAUUAGCUACCUAGCUAACGUUAAUGUCAGGAUAUUGUUGCCAUAGAAACAAAUCCACCCAAGUGUGUCACUAAUAAAAAAGUGCUCUCAGCGCUGGGAUGAAACACUCUCCAGUGACCUGCCACCAAUUUUCUGCAUAAGAAAAAAAACGCUGUGUGGACAAAGGCCCUGAGAUGACAUUGUCCCAAAUCUCCCAUAAUGAUCCUAUUGUGACUUGUACCAUGGAUGAGGCUCCCCAUGUUCAGUUUGUCACCUGAGUUUUACAGGAAUUUUAUGUCCAUUCACAUUCAAACUGUUUCCUGCAUCAAGUAAAUGAGGUCUUCUAGUGACAAAAACAGUUCUUAUGCUAGCUGCUGUCUUAAGCUCCAAAAUCAUUGAUAACUAACUAGUAGCUAGCAUAACUACCAUAACUUUGAUUAUUAAUUAGAGCUGCAUUAAUCAACAAGCUAGAAAUGCAAAUGUUUGACAUAUGGCCUUGAGAAGUUGAUUUGGCUAACAUGUUAGUAAACUUACUCCAUUACACAUUCAGCAGACAGAGUAACAUUAAGCCUUAAUAGGAGUCAUGUCUAUGGCAACCUGAUGAAUGUAAGUCCAACAUUCUCUCUUUUAAGCUCUGUUUUUGGUCUAAACCAACUCUUGACGAAAAAAGAAUCUGUCUCUUUAGCUGCCAUAUGUUUCACUAUGUUCACCAGCUAGUCUCUAAUUGGACCAGUCUGAAGUUUACAGUGGGGAAAAGCUGCAGGAUACUGCUGAUAACAAGCCUGAUGAGAGUGCUGAACCAAACCAGUCAAAUCUAAAUAGUGAAAAGACACUAAACAGUGCAUAGAGCUGAGGGGAUAUUGGGUUAUAAUUCUGUGUGGACAUGUCACUGUGAGUGACCCCUUUCAUACUACAUAGUCAUUUGGCUUACUGAUUAUACAAAAAUAUUGAUAGUGCAGCUGUUGAACUAUAGAGUACUUGUGAUGCAAACAGUAUUUUUGUUAUCUGAUUUUCACCUGGGUUUUUGUAUUGUAUUUUUGUAUUGUUAAAGUCUGAAAUUUCAAUCGCCAAUAAAUUUCCAGAUUUUGUUUUAAAAUGAAAAACUGAAAAAAAUGGGCCUUGGAUCAGUGACACUGCUGCUAUGUAGAUGAAAAGCCUACAAACACAGGGAUAGAUCAAGCGGGUCUAGGUGCUUGUGUUCACUGUUGGCGUUUAAUGCUUGUCAAUUGGUUAACCUAAUAUUUGUUUGAAUUUUUAAUUUACAAUCUGGGGCCUAUUGCACAAAACUAGGAUAAGGGAUUAAGCCGGGAUAUCUUGGUUAUUCUGGCUCAAUUUAUCCGUGAUCUGGUUGCACAAAAGCGGGAUAGUGGACAGCGGGAUAUGUUAUGACAUAAGUUACCAUGGAGAUUUAUUCUGUGGAGCUAGCCUGCUCCAGACCAGGCUAAAUUCCAGGAACUAUUUAAUCUCAUCCCUUAUCUCAGUCAGCAGUCACCACAAACGGAAACCAAUAGUUAUUCCACUGCCCACUGCACAUUGUUAUCACAUUCAACCAGACCCACUGUCAUUAUUUAAACAUUUGUGAUCAUUAAUUGCAAUCAUUUUAGAUAAAUGAUGAUUUUAGAUGAUUUUGCAAUCAUUAGAUAAUUUACAGUUUUCCAUAGACUAUAUAUAAAAUACACAUCCCAUAUAAAUAUAAAUACACAUCAAAGAGUAACAUGAUGUUCCUUUAUUGAAUAAGGAUAAAUCAAAGCAAGUAAACCAUCAGCUCCUUUCAAAACUGAAGUCACACAGUGACUCUACAAGAUAGAAAGCACGGAAUCAAAGCAUAUUAUACACCACAAGAAUAAAUACACAUUCAGAGGUCUGUAUAUGAUACACCCCGCGUGUCUGCACACUGAAAUAAAUGCAGGACACAUCCAUACACAACAAAUGAACAGACAAAUGAAUGGAUGCAGUAGCCUCCCUGCAAGCUUAUAUACACACAAUAUACAGCACAAACAACAUAAAUUUAAAUUGAAUAAAAAAAAAACACAAAUUCCUCUGCCAAUGCAGGCCAUAUUUAACUGAAAUUCACAGCAUGCGUCUCUGCCACUGCAGGACAUAUUUAACUGAAAUUCACAGCAUGCGUCUCUGCCACUGCAGGACAUAUUUAACUUAAAUUUAAAGCAUGCAUGUUAACUAAAAUAAUUUAACACAUAUUGGUCCCUGACCAGGCAACCACUGUCGUCAUCAGGGAAGAUGGCAGGAUUGUCCCAGUCUAUGUGUGAUGGGGGCCCUCUCCUUCCUCAGGCAGGCCACGUUGUGGAGGACAGCACAGGCCACAGUGAUGUCACAUGCCCUCAAAGGGCUGACCCUUAAGUGGUGAAGACAGUGAAAGCGUGCCUUCAGGAGGCCAAAGGUCAUUUCGAUCCUGGCCCUUGUCCUGGCAUGGGCAUGAUUAUAGGCCUGCUGUGCUUCCUGAGGGUCUGUGUAUGGUGUGAGGAGAAAAGGCUGGGAGGCAUACCCCCUGUCCCCCAGCAACACACCAGAGAAUUCAUCUGUCAAUAUAAAAUCUCAUCAUCACAACCUCAUAAAUAGAGUGACAUUCUUGACACAGCCAUGAUAUGUGUUGGUGUUGGUGGCUCCAACAGUGUGACAGUGCUGUCAGAUAGUCCAAAUGGAUUCGAUAUGAAUGUGGUUAUGUCCCAUGUAGAGAUGGAAGAAUGUACCUUGUAUGAAGCGGGUGGCAUCUUGGGAGGGACAUAUGUUUGUGUCUGUCCCCCCAGAGAUCCCCUCCAACACAGGCCUGCCUUUGUUUUGUGCCAAGGCUAUGUCCUCUGCUGGGGUGAGGUCAGCUGAUGGUGACCCACCAUCAGUGCCUUGCUUGUGGGUUUGUUUUUUUUGACUGCUAAAACAGUACAGACAAUGUGUGAGCAGGCACCUUCUGGGUACAAUGUACGCUUGUGCAUUGUUAAGUAUUAGUCAGGGCACUUACCAUUCUGCAGGAUGUUCUUGUAUUUAAUCUUGACUUGCUGCCAUGUCCGUUUUGGCCCAGUCAUGUUUAAUCUAUACAAACACACACAAAUAUAUAUAUAUAUAUAUAUAUAUAUUCUUAUGAUCAAUCAGCAUACACACGCACGCACGCACGCACGCACGCACACACACACACACACACACACUCUUACACACACUUGCAUACAUAUAAUGAAACAGCAGAAGAGCAUGGAGAAUGAGGAGCAAACAUAAGAUAAGACAAGAUAAGAUAAGAGGAACUUUAUUUAUCCCAAAGGGAAAUUCAAUUAAGUCAGUGAGCUCAUCUAUUUAUCAAAGAGUUAUACAGUCUGAUGGAGUUACAUUUACACAAUUUCACUCACAUCUGCAGUCAAUUUCACUUACAAUUUCAACUGAUUCAUAAUCAGAGUACAACUACGUUUUCGGAGAUGUUAUUUAACUAUUUGGAUUGUAAUUGUGAUGGUUUCAGCGGAGCAGUGAGUGUGUAUUUGUGCUCUACUUACGCAUUCAGGCGAUUUGAUCCUUUACCUCUUUGUAAGCCUCCAUGAGGAUUUCUGCCUCUGACGGGGAAAAGUACGCCGCUCUUGUUGCCAUGGUGAAUCGGUGAAUCUGUGAUCGAUGGCGGGGUCUAUUUGAGGAAGCCACGUGCGCGCACUGAUCCAGGAUUGGUUUCACCUGGCUUGAUGAAUCCGUGACUGCUCAUCCUGGCUUGGUCUUUGUGCAACCAAUUAAGCCUGGACACUCUUGUUUUGGAUUCGUUGAACCCAGCUCAGUCAUUUAUCCUGGAUGUCUGAAUCCUACUUUUGUGCAACGGGCCCCUGGAGUUCCAACAACAGAUUGAUGCUUGUGUAGCCUUCAGAGUAUCGCUCUCCUUUGCACAUAGUUUGUAGUGCAUUUGGACUCUUUUACUGUUUCUUAACAUCUAUGCCUCCAACUCUCAAGUCCUGCGUACAAUAGUUAUUAUUUGUGGUGGUGAACAUUGGCUGAAUUCCAUGAAUUCUGUGUGUGUGUGUGUGUGUGUGUGUGUGCACUGUGCACUGUGCCAUUCCUUUGCUGUUAGCUGCAGUAUUAGUUUGCAUGUUGGAUCUGUGGAAGAUGCACCUUAGCUUGCAACACUUUCUCGGCUGUUUGUCCAGGACAGCAAUGGUAGUCAAGCUGAUUUUCCCAAAUGGAAAUAUGACAUAUUUUAUUGAAAAUAAAACCUGUAUUUGCAUACACAGUCUGAUAGAUCCAAUAAAAAUCUUUGGCUUUUUUUCCAGUACUUGUUGUCUACAUAUUUACUUAGGUUGUAAUCAGUUUCAUUGUAGCAAUUUAUUAUAUUUAAUAACUUGAAUAUACAAAUAUUGAAAAGGUCAAAAUUGAAUAUUAAAUAUAUCUAAGCAAUGAUUUUGUACAUAUCCAAUGGGAGGUAUAUGAAAAUAUGUUCACUGCUGUGUCUUCACAAAGGAUUCAUUCCUUUCUUUUUACAGUUUGUGGUGUUACUCUCCAGACUUAUUUGUAAAGGUCAAAGUGCAAAUAUUUUUGUGCUCCUUUAGUAAGAUCAUGGGGCUAUAAAAUGGUAGUGUGGGUUGGUUGAGAUUUUGAUUCAAGACCUGGGGCCAAAUUCACAAAGCUCCCUAGUGCUAAGAGUUGCUCCUAGUGAUGAAAUUCUAAGAAAAAGACUAGUUCCUUGUAGAGAUAAAAGUUAUUCACAAAGCAUCUUAGACCUUAAGUUGGCUCCUAAGGUGAAAAAAUGUUAGGAGUAGAAAGGAGGACUUUUAAGAAACUUAAGAGUUUCUUAUGCAGAGGAGAAAAUGGUGGAAACACAAAGAGGUAGGAGAAAUAGUCUCUAAACACAGAAUGACAGUGAAUAAAUUAAAUGCUACAGAUGAGAUUGUGCAGGGAGAAUAUUUGUGGACGAUCUAAUUAGGGAUAUGCAAACAUUUCCCACCCAACAAAAAAACGCUAUAACGCCAGAAAUAAAAUUAUCACAACACUAAUGUACUUUUAAAACUGGAAAAAUGCAACAGUGCAGCAGCGAUGACUUUUGUCUGUUUCAACCUUCCCUUAGCAGUGACCACACUGACAAUAACAACACUUACAGUCUCAUAUUGUGAUGCAGUUCAUUUCAUUUCCACUGGGUAUCCACACAGGCUCACAAAGCGGCAUGUCUGUGACAACCAAUGACAUCUGUUAAAAGAAUAUGUCAUACCUAGCAACGGGGUCAUCACACAACCCUACUAAAGUAAAAGUUUCUGUCCCUUCCUUGCUCAGAGUUGCUCUGAGAACUUUACUAAAUCACUCCUAAGCUAAUCCCCCCUACAAAAAGGUUUUAAGCGAAGAUCGGAGUGCUCUGAGAGUAUUCUCAGAAAGUUUGUGAAAGCCUGUAACUUCAAAACACUGCAAAAGAUCUAUCAACUGUAAGCCAUGAGUUACUCCUCACAAGAACAUUUGUUACACUUUUUGUCACUUUUUUGUGACAUGCACUGAAUCAUGGCAUGAAUGGUAGAUGUGUUUCUCUCUGUGAUCACAACCAGUCAUUUCAUUUGUAAAUAUAUCUAUAAGUUCAUCACCAAAUCAAAUCAAAUCAAAUCAAAUCAAAUCAACUUUAUUUAUAUGGCACUUUUCAUACAGCAG